CCCCUAGGAAAAGACCCACUCAGCUCGGGGACUGGAAACCAGACCACAGUUCCCUUAGACCUUCGCGGGCAAGGGCGCGCGCGUUGCCUACGCCCCGAAGCCACUGGCGGCCCCUUGCCUGCAAUGCCUCCUGGGAGUUGUAGGGCGGCGGCGAGGUCUUUUAAGGAAGGUCCCAGGCCUGAGACUCUAAAUCCCGUGGUGCCCCGCGGCUGUUUCUGACGCGACCCCUGGCCAGAGGGGGAGGCGUGGCCUUCACAGGGCCCCACCCCCCUCUCCUCUGGCUGGCCCGCCGCGGCGGUGGCAGUAGGGGCGGCGACGGCGACAGCGACGGCGACGGGGACGGUGGGGGGAGGGGCCGGGCGGGGGGCUGGCGGCAGCAGCGGAUGGACUCGCGGGUUUCGGAGCUGUUCGGCGGCUGCUGCCGGUCCGGAGGGGGCCCGGCCCUGAGCGGAACCCUCAAGGUUAGGGGGACCGGCGGCAUCAGCGGCUGCGGGGGCCCGAAGGGGAAAAAGAAGAACGGAAGGAACAGGGGGGGCAAAGCCAACAACCCCCCUUACCUGCCCCCCGAGGCUGAAGAUGGAAACAUUGAAUAUAAACUGAAGCUGGUGAAUCCAUCCCAGUACCGCUUUGAGCACCUGGUGACACAGAUGAAGUGGCGGCUCCAGGAGGGCCGUGGUGAGGCCGUCUACCAGAUUGGGGUGGAGGACAAUGGGCUGCUCGUGGGACUGGCCGAGGAGGAGAUGCGGGCCUCCCUCAAGACCCUGCACCGGAUGGCGGAGAAGGUUGGGGCAGACAUCACUGUUCUCCGGGAGCGAGAAGUGGAUUAUGAUAGUGACAUGCCCCGGAAGAUCACUGAGGUGCUGGUACGAAAGGUCCCUGACAACCAACAGUUCCUAGACCUCCGUGUGGCCGUCCUGGGGAAUGUGGACUCAGGGAAGUCGACUCUGCUUGGAGUCCUGACCCAGGGAGAGCUGGACAAUGGGCGGGGCCGGGCUCGCCUCAACCUUUUCCGCCACCUGCAUGAGAUUCAGUCUGGCCGAACCUCCAGCAUCAGCUUCGAGAUCCUGGGCUUUAACAGCAAGGGAGAGGUGGUGAAUUACAGCGAUUCAAGGACAGCAGAAGAGAUCUGUGAGAGCAGCUCCAAGAUGAUCACCUUCAUCGACCUGGCAGGCCACCACAAGUACCUCCACACCACCAUCUUUGGCCUCACCUCAUACUGCCCCGACUGUGCCCUGCUCCUCGUCAGUGCUAACACUGGGAUUGCUGGCACCACCAGGGAACAUCUGGGGCUCGCCCUCGCCCUGAAAGUGCCCUUCUUCAUCGUGGUCAGCAAGGUGGACCUGUGUGCCAAGACCACAGUGGAGAGGACAGUACGCCAGCUAGAGCGGGUCCUCAAGCAGCCUGGCUGCCACAAGGUCCCCAUGCUGGUCACCUCCGAAGAUGAUGCCGUCACUGCUGCCCAGCAGUUUGCCCAGUCACCCAAUGUCACCCCUAUCUUCACACUGUCCAGUGUGUCUGGAGAGAGUCUGGACCUACUCAAAGUCUUUCUGAAUAUCUUGCCACCACUCACCAACAGCAAAGAACAGGAGGAACUCAUGCAGCAGCUGACAGAGUUCCAGGUGGAUGAAAUCUACACAGUACCAGAGGUGGGGACAGUUGUUGGAGGGACACUUUCCAGCGGGAUUUGCCGUGAAGGGGACCAGCUGGUGGUGGGCCCCAUGGACGACGGCAGCUUCCUGGAGCUGAGAGUGUGCAGCAUCCAGCGCAACCGCUCUGCCUGCCGGGUGCUGCGUGCCGGUCAGGCUGCUACGCUGGCCCUCGGCGAUUUUGACCGUGCACGCCUUCGCAAGGGCAUGGUGAUGGUGAGCCCCGAGAUGAAUCCCACCAUCUGCUCAGUGUUCGAGGCAGAGAUAGUCCUGCUGUUCCACGCCACCACCUUCCGGCGAGGCUUCCAGGUGACAGUACAUGUGGGCAACGUACGGCAGACUGCAGUGGUGGAAAAGAUCCAUGCCAAGGACAAGCUGCGAACAGGGGAGAAGGCAGUGGUACGCUUCCGCUUCCUGAAACACCCAGAGUACCUGAAGUUCUAGAGGCUGGACAUGCAAGAUCAAGGUGUUAACAGGUCUGGCCAGUUUGCAAAUGUCCACUUCCUUAUGUCCUCACAUGGCCUUUUCUCUGUGUAUAUCUCUUCCUCUUCUUUUUUAUUUUGAUAUCAUUAAUGUACAGUUAUCUGAGCAACAUUCUGGUUACUAGACUCCCCCCAUUAUCAAGUCCCCACCACAUACCCCAUUACAGUCACUGUCCAACUGAAAGAUUCUUAAUCCAAUCACAAAAGGCCACAUCUUAUUAUUCCACUUAUAUAAAAUAUUCAGAAUAGUGAGUCUAUGGAGAUAGAAAGCACACUGGUGGUUGCCUAGAGCUGGGGAAAUAACUGCUAAUGGGAAUAGGAUUUCUUUUUUGGGUGGUGAAAAUGUUCCUAGAUUGUGGAAUAGUUGAACAACUCUGGAAUGUAUGAAAAGUACUGAACUGUAUAUAUACUGUUGAGUGGGUGAAUUUGAUGGCAUGUAAAAUAUCAAUAAAGCUGCUCUUUUUUAAAAAGAAA